CUGUCUGCGAGCCAUUUGAAUUGAGGCCUCCUUCCUUUCCUUCAUCAACGUUCGCCGCCUCGCUCAAGCUGCCAGCCGCUUCACUAGCCAUGGCAGGCCUCCCGUGCCAGGUGACGGCUGCGCUUGCGGGUGCUCGUUCCGCAUUCCCUUACGACGCUCGACCCACUCGCGCUAGUGGCAACCCUGUAUCGAGUCGUGUGCGGAUUCCACCCUUUUGGGGCGAGGCGAUUGGGGGCGUGCACGGGAAGUCAGGAUGCGUGGGAUCGAGGGAGCGAUCCUUCGUGAACGCAUUGUCGCGUGAGUCGGGAGCCGGCGCUAGGGCGUUUGGCGAGGAGGGAGCGAGCGAGGUCGAAGGCAGCAUAGCUAGCGUAUCGGACAACAGGCGUCAGGUCCGAGAAAUUCUCGCGAGCUCGAGUUCACCUGAUGCUGACGUCAGCGCGGGAAUGGGUGUGGGAGGGUGCGACUUCCUGCGGUCGGGGUGCGGGUCGGAGUGUCCGAUGUGCGGAUCCGCGCGCGCAGGGGAGUAUUCCAGCGAUGGCGAGUCCCCGCCGUGCCUGGUUGGUCUGACGGCCGCCGCUCAGUUCGCGCGCCAGGACGCCACGCUGCUGGCCAGGGGCUUCUGGUCGCUGGACUCGAGGGCGCGCGAGGACGUGGCGCUGCUGGGAUCCAAGUUCCUCACUUUGGACGCACGAGCGCGGGAGGACGCGGGCGUGCUGGAUGCGCGGGCGAGGCUGCGAGUGCGGCGCCUGCGACAUCUGGCGCUGGGCCUGGAGGAGAGUGCGCGCGAGGAGCUGAGUCGCCAGGCGGAGCAGCACUGGCGAGACGGCGCGCUGGCGGCUGAUCUGCGCCUGGCUGACAUGCGCAUGAGGCGGCGAGGGCUAGAAGACGUCUUCCUCGCCCUGCAGGUGGUGAAGAGCCUUCACUCCGCUAUAGUCACACUGCUUCGCCCAGACGCCCUGCCCUCUGCCUCCUCAACUCCUGCAUCCGCAACCGCCAGCAUUCCCGCUGUCACUCUGAGACGAAGCAGCACCGCCUUGCACCCAUCAGCACCCCUUCACGAUUCAACUGCCUCCUCCCCCUCCUCUAGUCAAGCCUCCGUGGCACCGCUCCCCUCUCAGCCGCUUCCCACGAUGGACUCUGACAGUGGCGGCGCUGAGGAGAGUCGAUUGGAGGACGGAGAAGAAAGGAGGUCCUUGAGCACCAAUCCCCUCCCGCCACGUCACCGGCAUCCGCUGUCCACGCUCUCGUUCAAGACACUUGCUGCACUCGACGAGCUGUACCAUGAGAUAGGCCCUCACUCCCUCAGACCAGCGGAGGGGGAGGACGACAGGGAGGAGGAGGAGGAGUGGGGAGUGCUGGGCGUGGGCGGGGAUGACAGCACCACGGAGGAGCUGGGGUUCCUGCUGGCGGCGCUGGUGGACAUGGGCGAGGUGAGCAGCAGCUACGGGCUGGCGCUGCUGCACCGCUGCUGCGCCUCGCCGCACGCUGCGCUGCGCCUCACCGCCCUCGACGCCCUCUCCAGCGCGCCCUCCCUCGUUGCGCUGGGGAAUGCCGGCUGUGCCGUGCUGCAGAAGCUGACACGUGAUGCCGACCCGGAGGUGGCAGACGCAGCAGCCAUGGCGAUAUCACACCUUCAGGAGAAAUGGCAGCAGCAGCAGCAGCAGCAGAAUUCAGAGGAGCAAGGGGGUGCAGCAAGUGGGGGUGCGUCCUCCACUCUGUCGCUGGAGCAGGCAUUCAGUCGAGCGGCGGCCAAGUGGUGUCUGGACAGUGCUGCUGAUGCCAGCCAUGGGGUGCAGGCUGAUGGCACUGCGGGUGAUGGUGACAGCACGCCGGAUGACAGUGAUGGCUGUAAAUAGUGCGCGCUGGGUGGUGGCGCAUGGCUCGUGGAUGACGAUGGACCUCUCGCUGCUGCGUGGGGUGCAAGCCAGCCCGAUUGCCAUGCAUGGAGUAGCAAGCCAGCAAUAACACUAUUCAAUCAUUAUAAAAGGGUACCGGGGGAGAGGUUUUUUCCGAUGCAAGGUUAAUUUGUAUGGCGUCUGUAUAUAAUUGGAAUCUAGGUGCUCUUGAUGUACCAUGCUCUUGUUGGCCAACCAGGCUGCCCUU